UUUAGGAAAGAUUUUCAUGCAAGAACUGUGGUUGCUAAAGCAGCAAUGGGAUGAGGAGUUGCCACCAAGCUAUGCGCUACAAUGGCAGAAAUACAGAAGCGAAUUGGAACUUGUUCAUGAGUGUUCGUUGCCACGAGCUGUAGUGCCAGUCCAUGCAUCGGCAGACAGAGUUGAGCUGUAUGGGUUCGCAGAUGCCUCUUGUAGAGCUUACGGAGCGGCGAUAUAUGUUCGCGUCAUUGAUAAGCAUGGAGGUAUUUCAGCAAAUUUGUUGGCAGCCAAAUCGAAGGUUGCACCUGUUCGAGUAGUAUCGCUACCUAGAUUAGAAUUAGAAGGUGCGAGACUGUUAGCGCAGCUUAUGGAAAAAAUCAAAAGGUGUGCACCCGAAUCGUUAUCGAAGGUCGGUUACUUUACAGAUUCGACAAUUGUUUUGAGUUGGAUCGCAUCGCAUGCUAGUCGUUGGACAACCUUUGUGGCCAACAGAGUAGCUAUAAUUCAAGAGCUGUCGAACGCACAGGAGUGGUACAAAAUAGAAUCGAAGCAAAAUCCGGCAGAUAUCGUUUGUCGAGGGCUGUACACAAGUCAGCUAAAGGCUUCGUCGUUGUGGUGGCAAGGACCAGAAUUCUUGCAGUUACCGGAUGAGCAGCGGACACUUGGGGAAUGGCAAGGUCCAGAGGGGCUCCCCGAACAACGAAACAACAAAUUUAGCCUGCUAGCCUGUCCAAAGAUUAUAAUAGAUGACAUAUUAGGAGGUAGCAAAUAUGCUAAGGAUUUUUUAAAACUAACGAGAGUAUUUGGGUUCAUUUAUCGGUGGCGUCAAAUUGCACAAAAGAUUGAUUCGACAAGAGCUAAAGAGCUAACGGCACUCGAAUUAAAAGGUGGCUUGAAUUAUGUAGUAUUCAAUUUGCAAGCUUUAGGUUUUUACACUGAGAUCGAAAAAUUACGCAAUGGCAAAAUUAUAAGUUCUUCAAAAAUUCAAGCACUUAACCCGUUUCUAGACCAGUCUGAGGGUAUAGAAAUAAUUCGUGUAGGGGGCAGGCUGUCUAGGGCCAAUGUACCAUUUGACACCAAACACCCCAUGCUUUUACCAAAUAAUCAUAUUGUUGUAAAAUCAUUGUUUGAAUAUACGCAUCGAAGCAACAUGCAUGUCGGAGCACAAGCGUUAUGUGCUUUUGUGCGACAGCGUUUUUGGGUCAUCAAUGCUAGAAAACUAGCUCGCAGCACGGCCGAGUGCAGCAAGGAGUGAAGGCCUUUGAACGUACUGGACUCGACUACGCUGGACCGCUAUGGAUGCACUUCAACCAAAGAGGACGGCGGCCUAUCAAGGUUUAUCUGUGCGUUUUUGUGUGCUUUUUGAGCAAGGCUUGCCAUCUAGAGCUUGUAUCAGACCUGAGCACCAACGCAUUUAUAGCCGCACUCAAACGAUUUUUUGCUCGGCGUGGGAUCAGCGCAGAGCUGUUCUGCGACAAUGCCACCAAUUUUGUUGGUGCUUCACGGGAGCUGAAGGCAAUAGCGGAUUUGAUCUGGAAUGACAGUGGCAAGCACCAAAUUGUGGAACAGUGCAGCCAACUCGGUGUGAAUUUCCAUUUUAUCCCACCUCGAUCGCCGCAUUUUGGAGGACCAUGGGAGAGCGCGGUAAAGGUAGCGAAGCAAUUGUUGGUGCGAAGUUUCAAUAGCACAGCGCUUAACUACGAGGAGCUGGUCACGGCGAUAGCACAAGCAGAGGCAGUGAUGAACUCACGACCGCUUCACCCACUUUCGUCGGACAGUAAUGACUACGAGGCAUUGAGGCCGGGUCAUUUCUUAAUUGGUCGACCAUUCAACUGCAUGCCUGAGCCAUUUGAUGAAGACAUUUUGAAGUUAUCUGCUGCUAAUCGAUGGAAAAGAAUCGUCGCAGUACACCAUGCAUUUUGGAGACGCUGGUCGCUGGAGUAUUUGACGUUGUUGCAGGAGCGAAGCAAGUGGUCUUCGGUAUUCAACAAAAUUCAACCAGUCAUUUUGGUCUUAAUGGGAGAAGACAACAUACCCCCAGGACAAUGGGCUCUGGGUCGUGUACAUCAAGUUCAUCCUGGCACUGAUGGUGUAGUUCGUGUAGUCACCAUAAAAACCAAAUCAGGAUUGUACAGGCGCAACAUACACAAGAUCUGCCCGUUACCGAUUGGAGACCCAUAGUAAAAUUGUUGGAAGGAGCUUCCAAGGCCGGGAGCAUGUUUACGCCAAAUUAGCGCAAAGGGCUUAUGGCCGGGAACAAUUAGUAUUUUGUACAACUAAAAUGAAUUUGUAGCAUUAAGAUAUUGAAUUGUUGCAUUUUGACAUGCUCACAGAAGUUUGGUGCUAUAGAACAUACAUGUAAUAUGUGAAUAUCGAUAGACAAAGAGGAAGAACAUGCAUGUAACAGGUGAAUAGCGAAAUUGAAAGAAGGAGAGUAUUAAAUUGAUUGAAUUCCGACUCGGUCGAACCAGCAGCACUUGGCUUUUUACUUCGAGAUUUUUAUUCCGAACUGGUUGCAAGGAGUUGCGGAAA